UACCUAAAGGAACGAUCUUUGUGAACUGCAGAGGAAGAAGGAGAAGAUGAAGAUAGUGACUUACAACGUUAAUGGCCUUAGGCAACGGGUUUCACAGUUUGAUUCUCUUCUCAAACUCCUCGAGUCGUUCGACGCCGAUAUCAUCUGCUUCCAGGAGACGAAACUGAGAAGGCAGGAAUUGACAGCGGAUUUGGCGAUAGCUGAUGGGUAUGAAUCGUUUUUCUCGUGUACUCGCACUUGUGAGAAAGGUCGUACUGGUUAUUCUGGUGUAGCUACGUUUUGCAGGGUAAAGUCAGCAUCUUCAAGCUGUGAAACUGCUUUGCCUGUUGCUGCAGAAGAAGGCAUCACUGGUCUUGUAAACAGCAAUUCACGAGGUGGGAAGAAUGAAACUUCUACAGUAGCUGAAGGUCUUGAGGAAUAUGAGAAAGAAGAGCUUCUUAGGAUUGACCAAGAAGGACGGUGUGUUAUAACUGAUCACGGCCACUUUGUUGUAUUCAAUGUUUAUGGGCCGCGAGCUGUAGCUGAUGAUGCUGAUAGAAUUGAGUUUAAGCAUCGGUUCUAUGAUAUUUUAGAGAGAAGAUGGGAGUGUCUUCUACGUCAAGGAAGAAGGGUAUUUGUUGUUGGGGAUCUCAACAUUGCUCCUUUUGCUAUGGAUCGAUGUGAAGCUGGGCCUGAUUUCGAGAAAAACGAGUUCAGGAAGUGGUUUAGAUCUCUGCUAGUUGAACGUGGAGGCUCAUUCUCUGAUGUCUUCAGAUCAAAACAUCCUGAGAGGAAAGAUGCAUUCACAUGUUGGUCCUCAAGUACUGGAGCAGAACAAUUUAACUACGGUUCGAGGAUUGAUCAUAUCUUAGUUGCUGGAUCAUGCUUGCAUCAGGACGAAGAUAAGCAGGGCCAUAGUUUUCUUGCUUGCCAUGUCAAGGAAUGUGACAUAUUAACAGAGUAUAAGCGGUUUAAGAAUGAAAAUAUGCCAACAAGGUGGAAAGGUGGAUUAGGUACAAAAUUGAAGGGAUCAGACCAUGUACCUGUAUUCACUAGUUUUGAUGAUUUACCAGACAUCCCGGAACACAGCACGCCGCCAUUAGCUUCGAGAUAUCUUCCCAUGAUUUACGGUUUCCAGCAAACUCUUGUAUCGGUAUUUAUGAAGAGGCAGGCCAAUGAAGAAGCCAAAGCCAUUGAGGUGUCAUGUUCAUCAUCGAGUCAAAGUAAUGCUUCGUCAAGUUGUGGGGAUAUUUCUACAGGACCACUGAGAAACUGUGUUUCAAUGGGAAUUUCACUUGAGAAAUCUUGUUCUUUUGAGAACGAAUCCACUUGUGCCUUUACAGAAGCAGAAACGGUGGCAUCAACAGGUUCCAUUGAUAACCUUAGUGAUGGAAUUCGUGUAUCAUCAGUUAGAGCUGUGAAUAUCUCUAGAGAUGGAAACAGGAACAAAGCAAGGAAAAUCCAAUCAUCUCAGCUUUCUCUCAAGUCUUUUUUCACUACAAACUCAAAGGUUAAGAAUGGCGGGGAUAGUUCUUCUUCCUAUGUUUCCUCCAGUCCCAGCUCCCAAGCCGAAAGUAUCACAGAACCGAAUGUUUCCAGCAAAGAAGACGGCGAACCGACUACUUCAACACAGGAACAGGAUCAAAGCGGUUCUUCAGCUAAACAAAAGAACGAUGCAGCUUUAAUGGAGUGGCAAAGAAUACAAAACCUAAUGCAAAACAGCAUACCUCUCUGCAAAGGACAUAAAGAAGCUUGUGUUGCUCGGGUCGUAAAGAAACAAGGUCCCACAUUUGGACGCAGAUUCUACGUCUGCUCUCGAGCUGAGGGACCUUCCUCUAAUCCAGAAGCAAACUGUGGUUAUUUCAAAUGGGCUUCAUCAAAAUUCAGAGACAAGUAAAAGAGUGAUGAGAUCAACCAUGAUUGAGUAUUGAGGAACAAGGAUUUUAAUCUAGUGAGCUCAGGUACACCGUAGAAACUCGACAAUGUCGGUAUAUAGUUAAUGUUAUCUUAAUCUCUAAGAGUUUUGACUCUUGACCAAUGUGUAAAGUUGCUGGAUGAAGCUUCUUUCCACGUUCCUGUCUCUGUCAAUUUAUCCCUCUUGUCCUCCUCGUUGUAUAAUGUAUUGUUUCUUCUAAUGUGAUUAAACUUUUAGCUUUAUAGAAGCUAAUAUACUAAAUUUACAAGU